AGCUCGUACCAUCUCUCCUUGUAUUGGCAGUGUUUGUUGGAGACUGGCCGCCUGCUGCCGCCGCCCUUUCCUGCGACACCACCGUACCUCUCGCCCACCGUGACGGUCGUGAAAAAGAAGAAGAAGAGCAGCAACGAAAAACGGCUUAGCAUCGUCUGUUUCUUUUCCCGGUGGUCCGCAGAAAGGUAAGGCAUAUAUAUAUAUAUAUAUUCAUUUAAAACGGACAUCAUGCAGCGUCCACCGCGGCCGGAGCCGACGCGAAUCUCGUCCUACUUCUUCGAGCAGCUCCAACCCGUUCGCCACGACGACGAUGACGUCGGCAACGGUGCGAAGGCGAAGGACCACACCGCCGCUGCUGUGGAGGCGGCGGAAACAGCGACCCCGUCGCCUCCGUGUGUGGUAACGCCCCCGGUCGCUUACCUGAAAAGCCUCUUCGAAACCGGGCCUGAGGGGCCGCACCGCGACGGUGCUGGGGAGCCCGCUCCCAUCUUCUCAGCACCCCCGCAGCCGCAGCAGCAGCGUGACCUGCAGCAAGUGCUGUGGACGUCGUUCACUCCCGCCCCCUACACCGAGAACUUCUCUACCUUCCUCACUGAUGAGAGCGGCAUCACCGAGCGACUGCGCGGGGCCGUGGCGGAGGCGUGGGAGAGCGUGGAGAGCGUCAUCCAGCGCAACAACGACCGUCGUGCGCGCUUGACGGCGCUGACGGAGGAGACGGCGGCGUGGCGUGACGAGGUGCGGUCGAAGCUGUACUGGCAGUCGUCGGAUAUCGUUUCGCGGUACGGCUUGGAGGUCGGGGGCCCGGCCACGGCGGAUGGCGCCAGCACGGCGGCGGCGGCCGCACAGCAACCGCACCACAACGGCGCCGCCGACGAGCACAUUUUGCUUGACUUCUCUGUGCUGCAGGAAGACCCACAGGAAGGCACUGCUGCCGCCACCGCCGCCAUCACGCCGCACCGAACAGCACAAGACGCGGAUCAAGACGAUGACAGCGACGGCGUAGACGGCGAGAGCGACGGGGCGAGCGCUGCACCCACCGUGGAUGCGGCGGUGCACGUCACGGCAACCGCGCCGCAGCUGCAGCGUGCCAAGGCGUGGACGACGGACACAAAGGACCUGCUCGACCCCUGUGCCCGCCCGCACCCACUGCGACGCAUCUUCGCUCCGCUGCAGCGCGAACGUGACACCUUCCCGAAGUGGACGACGCUCCUCCUGCGCGAUGUGCGCGAGGUGCAGCAGACGAAAUUACCCGACUUAGAGGCGCGGCUGCGCAGCUCGGUGCUCUUCAAAGUACCGCUGCACCGCCCGUUUUUGGAGGCCCGGGCGGUGUUGCAGGCCUGUGCGACGCAACACCGGGCAGCGCCGGCGGUCGAGGCCGGGCAGGUCGCGGCGUAUCGGCAGGUCGAGCAGUUCGCACGGAGGCUGACCGCGUUUCUUCACGAGCAGCGGCCCACCGCCGUCACGCCGGACGGGCGCGAUGCCGCAAAGAACGUGGAGGAGGACCUUAUCACCGACACGGGCGAGCGCUGGGCGACGGCGGAGACGCUCUGGACGAUGUUGCUGACGGAGCUGGACGCGUGCAAGCGCUUCCUCGCCGAUGCCGUGCCGCGCUGCACGACGCUGCACGACACCGUGAUGGCGGAAAAGGCGGUGGCGCAGCGCACGCUGGAGGAGCGCCGUGCGGCGUGCGAGGCGACGCUGACUCGCAUGAAGGCCGAGGCGCGGACCUGCUCGGAGCUGCUCACCCGCAACGGACGGCGCACCUUGGCGGCGGUGGCGGAGAUGGAGGAGAAGUUUGCGCCGGACCAGGCGCGCCUGCAGGCCGCCAUCGCACGUCGACAAGCGGAGCUGACACAACUGGCGGCGCUCCAGGAGAAGAACGUGCGACGUGUCCGCGAAGCGCUCAAGGCGUGCUUUGUGGAUCAGAUGAAGUACGAAGAAGCCGCGCAGGCGCUGUUGCAGGACCAGGUCAGCUUAGCCCAACUCGAGACGAGCCAUCAACAACUGCGACGGGCUGUCCAGGUGCGGCACGAGGGCGUGGUGGAGUGCGAGAAGCACGCCGUGCUGCUCGCGCAGCUGCUGGAGGACGCCGACACGGUCGCUCACUCCCUCUUCUCUGUCAGCGAGGCCCAUCAGCGACGGAUGGCAGACGAGGAUUACUUUGUUCAGUGCCGCCUCGUGGAUCAGUGCACGCUUACGCUGCAGCAGCGCUGUCGGUGUCUGCACGCCAUGGCCGCCCUCUACGACCAACGCUACGCCACGCUCGAACAACGCGCCGGCGGGUCGUGGCAGCUGCAGUUUCUGCUCGCCGGCGAACGCGAUUGGGCGGUGGCGAAUCUGGCCGACGUGCGCGCUGAAUUUGCGCUGUUGGAGCGGGACUGGGAGACGGUGCGCGACAUGCGAGCCGCCAUGGACAUGGAACCGGCGGCGCUCGACGUCCUCGUGCACACGGCGGAGUGGGCGACGCUGAGGGCAACGCUGCUGCGGCUCGAUGCCCCGCCUCCGUUGCAGCGGCAGCUGCCGACGUUGCGAGCGCACGCCGAGGCCGUGGCGCACCCAGCGGCGGGGUGUGGUUCGCAGGCGGUGCGCCGGCUUUUGACGAGUUGA